CCGCGGCCCCGGCGGUGCCCGUGGCGCCGGCGGCAGCGCCGGCCGUCGCGGACGUCGCCAACAAGAUGGGGCAGUUGGUGGCGGCGCCCGCGCUCAACAGCACCAAGGGCGCUAUCAGCGUGCAAGUGCUGCCACCCCUGCUGCCGAAGUGCUCCGCGAACGCUGAUUGCGUGUCGCUGCUCGGCCAGCACUCGGCCUGCAGGGAUUACUGGUGCGAGUGCGUGGACGGCGCCAAGUAUGAGUCCGGCUUUAGCAAGCGCUGCCUCCGCGUCGUAUCAGCGAUCGGCGACAGCUGCAAGGAGGCGGGGGACUGCCGCCGCAUCGCCAACACGUACUGCAAGGCCGGCCGCUGUCACUGCAACAAGGACUUCGUCUUCAGCGACAGCGGAGCCGCCUGCCUCAAAGUGGCGACGGCGGAGAACCCCUCCUGCUCCGAGGACCGGCAGUGCGUGCGGCUGCUCAACAGCGCCACGGGCCCGGACGGCCCCGCCGUCUGCGUGGACGGCAAGUGCAUGUGCCGCUACGACCACGUCUUCGAGAACGGCACCUGCGUCCACAAACAGGCCUUGGACUUGAAGGAGACAUGGACGGCGGACGACAUGCUGGCCAGGAACGAGGUUGCGCCUCCCCGCCAGAAGCGCGACAUGGGCAUUUCAGUGGCCACGAUAGGUGUCGGGCUGGCGCUGGGGAUGCUGCUCAGGGACAUGGACCUGAUGGGCCCCGCCUUGGAGGAGAACGGUACAGUGUCCACCGCAGAGCCCGAGACGGUGUACGUCGUGUUCCGCAACGGCACCAGGGUGGUGUCCAACCUGACCGCCAACGCCCCCGAGGAGAGCAAGCUCAAGAAGUGGGUGCAGAAGCAGGUGCACUCGAUGGAGCGGUCCAUCAUGAAGAUCCGCAACAACCACCGAGAGGCCGUGGCUAGUCACACCGUCGCCCCCGAGCAGGCCGUCGGGGCGGCAUCCCUGCCCUCCACCACCGCCGCGCCCGCCGAGGCCCCCGAGUCCACCGCACUGCCCAGAGCGCGGCGGAGUGCCAAGAGGAGGGGGAGGAUGGCGCGGAGGAGGAAGCGCGACGACGAGCCCACUGCCGCGCCAGAGACUCCGGCUGAAGCUCCGGCCGAAGCCCCGGCUGAAGCUCCGGCAGAAGCUCCGGCAGAAGCUCCCGCUGCAGCCCCCGCUGAAACUCCUCCUGAAGCCCCAGCUGAAGCCCCCGCUGAAACUCCUCCUGAAGCCCCAGCUGAAGCCCCCGCGGAAGCUCCGGCAGAAGCUCCGGCUAAAGCCCCAGCUGAAGCCCCAGCUGAAGCCCCCGCGGAAGCUCCGGCAGAAGCUCCGGCAGAAGCUCCGGCAGAAGCUCCGGCAGAAGCUCCGGCAGAAGCUCCGGCAGAAGCUCCAGCUGAAGCCCCGGCUGAAGCCCCGGCUGAAGCCCCGGUUGAAGCGGCCCCGGAAACUCAGCUCCUGCUCCUGCCAGCACAGCGGCCCCGGACGCAGCACCUGAGGCGACCACCGCCGCAGCCACCACACCGCAGGCGACGACGCCGCCACCGACCACCGCGCCCACGACGCCGCCGCCUCCCCCACCGGAAACCACCCCGAAAGCGAAUGACGCAGCGCCACCGGACGAGCCGAUGCAAGGCGACCAACCCGCCGCUGCAGGUAUUCCCCGGGACCAACGACGCCUCCCAGCAAAAAUGGCCUGGCCUCCGAGAGUCGUCGUCACAGCUCUGUCUCUCUCGCACUCAUGGGAGGACCCGUAGAGGUGCGAAAGGGACAGAGCGACGAAAACGACUCUCGAAAUCAGUCUGGCGUCUUCUUCCGUCACUGUUGCUGCGAGGCGUCAGUCAACCCUCGACACUGAUCCAAUUUCUUUCCUCCACCUUGAGAUGUCUAGCGUUUUCACAAACUGUUUUCUUUCCCCGUGCUGCGGUAGGACCGACGGAUUCGAGUACGUACUCCUUCGUGUGACGUUGAACCCCAGCCCAGCCUUCCCUGUCGGUGGCGCUACCCCUCGACGCCAGUGGCGCUAGCGGCGGGCGCGGGGUAUCGCCUCCGCCAAGGGAGGAAACACCCACCCCCGCUUGUCGCUUUCCGUGCUCACCGUGUUCGGGUGUCGCU